AAAAGAAAAUGAUGUCUUCAUGCAAAUACGUUCUUUUUUUGUUUGCUGUCCUGUUAUCAGCUUCUUCAUCAACAAUUUCGAUUUCAGUUCAGCAGAAUUUUGUGCAAUGCCUCUCUGUCAACUCUCAGCUUUCCAUUCCUUCCUCCACUUUUUACACCAGAAACACUUCUUCAUUUUCUUCAAUCCUUCUAUCUACUGCUCAAAACCUGAGGUUUACAGACCCUUCACUACCCAAGCCUGAGUUUAUCUUCACCCCUUUGGAAGAAUCCCAUGUCCAAGCAGCCGUUAUAUGCUCCAAAAAGCUUGGAAUUCAUAUGAGAGUCCGAAGCGGAGGCCAUGACUUUGAGGGGCUCUCUUAUGUAUCCGAAAUUGAAACACCUUUCAUUGUAGUAGACAUUUCCAAACUUCGAUCUAUAACCAUAGAUAUUGAUGAUAACAGUGCUUGGGUUCAGUCUGGUGCAACAACUGGUGAAGUCUACUACAGAAUUGCAGAGAAAAGCAAUAUCCACGGCUUUCCUGCUAGUUCUUGCACAAGCUUAGGCAUUGGUGGGCUCAUCACAGGAGGUUCUAUUGGUUUUAUGAUGAGAAAAUACGGUCUUAGUGCUGAUAAUGUCCUCGAUGCUCGAAUUGUUGACGUGCACGGAAGAAUUCUUGAUCGAGCAGUCAUGGGGGAAGAUCUAUUUUGGGCAAUAAGAGGAGGUGGAGGAGGAAGCUUUGGAAUCAUACUCUCAUGGAAGAUAAAAUUGGUUCCUGUGCCACCGACAGUUACAGUUUUUACACUUAACAAAACUAGAGAACAAGGAGCCACAAAAUUGUUCUAUAGAUGGCAACAAGUUGCACAUACGCUCGAUGAAGAUCUCUUCCUCUUCCUUAGAGUUUUCUUUCAAGUGGCCAAUUCAAGUCAAAAUGGAAACAAAAUUGUACUAAACACAUACACCGCCCUGUAUCUUGGUGGCGCUGGUCGACUCCUUCAAGUAAUGCAGGAGAGGUUUCCUGAAUUGGGUUUGACGCGAAAAGAUUGCAUUGAAACAACCUGGAUCAAGUCUACGAUUUACCAGGGACUUUACCCAAUAGCUUCACCCCCUCAAAUUUUACUUCAGCGACAGAAUAUAUAUAAGAAUUAUUUCAAAGCCAAAUCAGACUUUGUUAAAGAACCAAUUCCUGAAACCGUGCUCGAGGGAAUAUGGAAAAGGUUUCUGGAAGAAGAGAAUCCAACAAUGGUGUUAAGUCCAUAUGGUGGAAUGAUGAGCAAGAUUUCAGAAUCUGAAAUUCCUUUCCCUCACAGAAAAGGAAACAUAUUCCAAAUCUUUUACACGACUGGUUGGCAAGAUGGAGAUAAGAAUGAGAAAAAACAUGUAGAAUGGAUGAGGGAGUUAUAUGAGUACAUGGCUCCUUAUGUUUCAAAGUCUCCCAGAGCUGCAUAUGUGAAUUACAGGGAUCUUGAUUUGGGCAUGAACAAGAAGAGUAAAACAAGUUUCAUUGAGGCUAGAGCGUGGGGUGAGAAAUAUUUCAAAAGUAAAUUCAAGAGACUAGUAAGAGUGAAGACCAAAGUUGAUACUGGUAAUUUCUUCAGGCAUGAGCAGAGCAUUCCACCUCUUCCAUUGGGAGGCUAGAGAUGAUAUGUAUUGGAGCCCUUUAUUGAUUAAAUUCGUACUAAUUAAGUAUUUAAUUUAACUAAUACCAAAUGUCAAAGUUGUUUUCAUCCAUUG